GUUGGUUGAUCAACGAUCUGGGCGGCCGACGCCCGAUGGGUUUCCGGCGGUUUGUGCAUCUGGUGACGAACGACGCUCGCAGCACCUACACUCUGCGCCGCAUCGACAUGUCGCGCUUCUUCCGCCCACCACCGCUCGUCGGCCACAUCGCCGGAGCAGGAGAAGAAGGCCCGGCGCUGGAACACGGCUGCCUGCCCGACCCCACGUCGCGCUUUGAAGCUCCGUCGGGCUCGGGCCGGCCCCUCAAAGGCGUGAUGGACUUCUUCCUCCUCAAGACCAACCAUAGACACGAAGCGGAGGAGGGAGAGCUUGACCUUAACAUGGUGGUCGCCACGGACCACACGGGCCGCGCCCUCAUCUACGACCCCGACUCGCUGGCCGUCCGCGCGCUGCCCAGGCUGCCGGAGCGCAAGUACAUCCCCGUCUCCCUCACCGCCGGCGGCGCCCUCUACGUGUUCGACCGGAUCCCCCAGCUCCACAAGAAGCGGUGCUGCGAGGCGCUCACCUUCCGCCGGCCCCGCGGCGAGCACGAGGACUGGUCGUGGCGCGCUCUGCCCCCGCCCCCCUUCGUGCACGAGCCCAGCAGCCACGGCGCCCCCGGCCAAAUCGACUCCUACGCGGUGGCCGGCGACGGCGAGAGCCUCUGCAUAUCCACCAGACGCAUGGGCACGUACUCCUACGACAUUAAGAAACGCGGCUGGACCAAGCUCGGGAGCUGGGCGCUGCCAUUCAGCGGCCUCGCCGAGCACGUCCGCGAGCACGGGCUCUGGUUCGGCAUCUGCUCCUCGGACGACGGCGAGAACACGUUCGGCGCCGCCGACCUCAGGGCCGCCUCCGGUCUGACGCCGCCUCCGCUGCAUGGCUCGUGGGAGGACAUCACGCCGCCCAUGGAAGGGCACGCGCUGGGGACGCACGUUGUGCACCUCGGCUCCUCCAAGUUCUGCAUCGCCAGGUUCCUCGAGGCUGUCACCUCGCAUGUCUCUGAAGAGUCUACUAGCCCAGUCCUAUCAGUAUCAGUUGGUGACUCACAUUUCUUUACUUUUACUGGCAAAAGCAAGGAUGAAGCCAGGAAGUCGAUAGUUUACAAUUACAAGCAUGGAUUCUCUGGAUUCGCGGCGACACUCAAUGAAACGCAAGCUCAAACACUUGCAGAAUUCCCUGAAGUUGUCCGCGUGAAGCUUAACACUUACCACAAACCGCACACAACUCAGAGUUGGGACUUCCUCGGCCUUGACUACGAUGGACCACAACAACAACAACCACAACAACAGGAAGGCCUUCUGCAAAGAGCAAAGUACGGAGAAAACAUCAUCAUCGGGGUGAUUGAUUCAGGCAUAUGGCCUGAAUCACGAAGCUUUGAUGACACCGGAUAUAGCCCUGUGCCGGCACGGUGGAACGGCGUGUGCCAGAUUGGACAUGCGUGGAAUGCCACGAGUUGCAACAGGAAGAUCAUCGGCGCCCGAUGGUAUAGUGGUGGCAUCAGCGCUGACGUGCUUAAGAUGGACUACAAUUCCCCUAGGGACCUCACUGGCCAUGGCACACAUGUAGCCUCAACGAUUGCCGGUAGCCAGGUGUGGAAUGUGAGCCACAGAGGGGGUGGCCUUGGUGUCGGUAUGGCUCGCGGUGGAGCACCACGGUCUCGAUUGGCUAUAUACAAGGUAUGUUGGGUCGAUGGGAGUUGCCCCGAGGCAGCGAUCCUUGCGGCCAUCGAUGAUGCCAUAAAGGAUGGCGUGGACGUCCUGUCGCUCUCACUAGGAGGCAGUCCUGGCGAGGAGAUCUUUGAGACAUUGCAUGCUGUAUUGCAAGGCAUCUCCGUUGUGUUUGCAGGCGGGAAUGAAGGCCCCGUGCCACAAACGGUGUUGAAUGCCGUGCCAUGGGUCAUGACGGUGGCUGCUAGCACAAUAGACAGGUCAUUCCCAACCCAAGUGACGCUCGGGAACAAUGAAAAGUUGGUGAGUUGGUUCUACGAUCACCACUAUCAAAGGAUGAUUUAUUUAGACCUUAACCAGGCUUUCUUCUUCUUCAUCUCUACACAACCACAGAUUAAGGUGUCAACCUUGGCAGGUCCUCCACCAUCGACGCCACCACAACGCCAAACGACGACCUCCACCUACGCGAGCCUUGGCAGGUCCUCCGCCAUGGACGCCACCACGACGCCAAAUGAUGACCUCCACAUAUGUGAGCCCUUCUCCGAGCAACGGACCCAGAUCCAUGCUAGGAUAGGUCCGCACUAUCACCGUCGUCCACCACCCACAAGCGCCACCCAACCCCAAGGUUCCCAAAGUGGCGCCUUCAAGAAGGGAAUGACGCCGUGA